CCAAUUUGGAUGGGAGUGUUUCUGACAUCUCCUGCGAUUGAGCCAGAGUUGCAAGAAGUAGAAGUAAUUGCUGAGUCGUUUUCUGCUGGCGAAAUAGAAAUAGACGACGAAAUACAACUAGCAGAAGCAUAUAGUGCUUCAGAAGCUCAGACAAUCGUCGAGCAGCAAGAUACGAUGGUCGAGCCAGAAUCCAAGCGAGCUCGACAUGAACGGUCUAGCGAGGAUGUUGACGACGGAAAAAUUUGUACUAUUUGUUUUGAGUCGUGGUCAAACUCUGGGAGGCAUCAGUUGUGUUCUUUGAAAUGUGGACAUCUCUUUGGCUUGAGCUGCAUCCAACGCUGGUUGGAUGGAUGCCACAAUAGGUGUCCUCAGUGUAAUGCCAGAGCAAAGAAAUCUCACAUCCGUAAACUGUAUGCCACUUCUUUGGUCGCUGUAGACUCAUCUGAGAAAGAUAACGCUUUGAAGCAAUUGCAAGAUGAAAGAUCGGCAAGACUACAAGCUGAAAACAAUCAGGCACAAGUACUGUUGGAUUGCCAAAUAGCUAAGUCAGAGGUAGAAAGCCUGAAGAGAACACUUUCUGAUAUAGAAAGGCUUUCACAAACUAGCCCUGCUUUGUCACAACGCAGUCGAAGUUAUUUGCCUGGAACAGAUGAGCCUUCAAGCUACUCUUAUCAACUGCAGUCAUCGUGUGUUGUGUCAGAGACGGGAGGUGUUAGGUUAUUAGGUUGCUCUCCAGGGCAGUCGAUGUUUGCUGCAUCAAAGAAGUUAGCAUCACAAUCUGGAUAUGGCAUUUUAAAGAUUAGUAUUAUGGAUACCAGUCAUCGAGAAUAUGUAGAAAUUCACUCUAAACUUUUGAAAGAUCUUCAUUUCAACCCAUGUGGAGACAGGUUGUUGUUGACUUGCUCUCUUGACAAAACAUUAAAAAUAACAAACCUUCAUACCAAUACGAUAGUACAAAGUUACACAACUCCCUAUCCUGUUUGGUCUUGCUCAUGGAGUAAAGAUGACAGUAACAGCAUCUUUUGUGGUCUUCAAAAUGGACAAGUUUUUGGGUUUGACAUUCGAAGAACUUCUGGACCAGUCACUGAAUUAGAUGCAUUGAGAAAUCCUUGCCCUGUCAUCUCCUGUGCUAGUCUAAGUGGUUCCAAUGUAAUGUUUGCAACUUAUGGAGAUGUUGGUUUAUGGUAUGAGGAGAGCAGCAUGUGGCAGUUUCACUCUCUAUUUAAACCUUCAGGUUUAUUUGUUCCGUUGCUACGAGUAGUAUGGGUAUUAUAUCACAUAGCUAAUUAUUGUUUUAUGAAAGGUCCCAUUACCUCUAUGGACUUUCAUCCACCAUCUCUUUAUACCAUGUUGUCUCUCCGGUUACCCAAAGAAAACAACAGAAGCCAACAUUUGCUUAGGCAACUGGAAACUAGUGAAGACGAUAACAUUCAUGUAGGAACUCCAGUUAUGAAGUAUGGUCAUGGUUCAACUUGGCUUCAGCUGGAGGGAAGCGUACAUUCUACAUUGAUGACUAGGUCUAGAGUUUUUGCAGUUGCUGAGAGUGAGGGUGAGAGACUGUUGGCUGCAGCUGGGGAUGAACCAACGAACACGGUUUUUGUGUGGGAUGUACACUCUGGCCGAGUUAAACAGCAGCUACCUCCGUGUAGGUCACCUGUAUUGGACAUUCAACCAUACACUAUAGACAACUCUGAUUUCCUUGCUACUUUGACUGAUCAUCAGCUCAGUGUCUAUAGAUGGCGGUAGCAUUUAUAUGUAUAUAGUCAAUCUUUAAUAAAUUUUGGUAAUUGUACGUAUAUAGACUAGAUUUAUUUGUUCUACGUCUAGAGACUAGAUUUAUUUGAAAUUA